AUCAGCCAAUCAGAGGAGGCGGGGAAAGAAGCCUGUUGCUCUGAAAGGUGACGUAUACUUCCUGGAGCAUGCGCAGACGCGUGGCGAGAAGAUGGUGAUCAUCAAGGAGUACCGUGUGGUCCUGCCAUGCUCGGUAGAAGAGUACCAAGUGGGCCAGCUUUUCUCCGUGGCUGAGGCCAGCAAAAACGAGACCGGUGGUGGAGAGGGCAUCGAAGUGCUGAAAAAUGAACCGUAUGAAAAAGAGGGGGAAAAAGGACAAUACACACACAAGAUCUACCACUUAAAGAGCAAAGUGCCUGGUUUUGUGAAGAUGAUCGCACCAGAGGGGGCUCUAGUAUUCCACGAAAAAGCCUGGAAUGCCUACCCAUACUGCCGAACUAUUGUGACGAAUGAAUACAUGAAAGAUGAUUUUAUGAUCAAAAUUGAGACCUGGCACAAACCAGAUAUGGGCUUCACAGAAAAUGUACAUGCAUUAGACCCAGAGACGUGGAAGACCGUUGAGGUGGUGCACAUCGACAUAGCAGAUAAAUCUCAAGUGGAGCCUGGAGAUUAUAAGCCGGAUGAAGACCCUGCACUCUUUCACUCAGAGAAGACAGGACGAGGUCCACUAGGCCCAAACUGGAAGGCAGAGCUCAGUACAAAGACAGACACUCCACGAAUGUGUGCGUACAAACUCGUCACCGUGAAGUUCAAGUGGUGGGGCCUUCAAAACAAAAUCGAGCACUUCAUCCACAAACAAGAGAAAAGGAUCUUCACCAACUUCCACCGGCAGCUUUUCUGCUGGAUCGACAGGUGGGUGGAGCUCACCAUGGAGGAUAUCCGGCGGAUGGAAGCUGAGACACAGAAGGAACUAGAGGAGCUUCGUAAAACCGGUCAGGUACGAGGCACCAGUGCUGCUCAUGAACAAUGAAAGAAUUCUACUGCAAUUUGCUGAUGAAGGAAUGACGACACGUCACACAAGACUAGACGACCUGUGCUGUGUUCGAGUCCUCCACCACAACGAUGGGAACAUCCUAAAUGAUCAGUAGUACUGUAGCCACCUCAACAUCUUACUCAGCACACCAAACAGCCUCACACUGACACAGAGACUCUCGCACCUAUAUCUACUUGCCUAUAAUGACUUUAUUGGAGAACGGUAGAGCUUGUGCUUUAGAAUUAAAAAUGAAUUGGAUUAUCUUAGAAAUAAUUAAGGUUUAGUUAUGUUCCUGUAAACUCUGUGGCAGGCAUUGGACCAAUUUUAACUGUCUGAUAUGGCAAUGUCCCAAUGUUAACUGUAGGUCUUGAGGGGUUUUUUCCUCUCCCCUUCCCUCCUUUUUUUUUUUUUUUUUUCUUUCUUCUCUCUUGCUGUGCCCUCUCACCAUUUAAACUGCCCCCCCCUUCCCUCUCAGAUCAAGCACUUAUGUCAGUGGGAUUGUGGUGUCUCUAUGUUUAUUUUUUAAUUAUUAUUAUUAAUAAUCAUGGUUAUAUUUUUAGCCUGUUAUUUAGUGGAUUAUAAUAGCUUUGUCUUUCUUGUUUUGUUUGUUCUAGAAAAUAUUAUACUGUUGCAUGAAGGGAGUAAUCUGCAGCUAGAAAAGCAAGCACACGCUCACGCGCGCACAAUUUGCCAUCAAUCAUUCUGUCACAUUGGGUGAAGCACACACUGACCACAGAACCUCUUUGGUUAGUGGCUUUGCAUGAGCUUAGCUAUGCCAUGACAGAGCAGGUGUUUUUUGUUUUGUUUUGUGCUCUUUUUUUUUUUUUCUUUUCCCCCCUUUCCCCCUUCUGACUGAAGGUCUCCCUGACCUCAGAGGGGCCUCCGUCCUCAGCACUGCGCAAUGUGUGCAUUUAUUGGAGCAUUGAUUCCUUCCAUGAUUCAGACAACCAGUGCAAUUACUGCUGCUUUUCUAGAGCUCUUAGAGCUAGUGGCAUGCUGCUAGAUCUCAAAUGUCCAUAUAUUUCCUGGUGCUGGCUGAAAUGCUAAUCCUCCAAAAAAUUUUCAGAGCACCUAAAAAUAAAAAAAAAAUAAAAAAAAUUACUUCAGGCUUCAAGCAUGUAUGUUGAUGAUUCAAAUUCAGAGAUAUGUACAAGAUGCUACCUGAAACAGACCUCCUGUGUGAACCUUCUCAUGUCCACUGUUGUCUGGUGUCUUAAUUCCCGUUAGCCAGCGUAGCAAAAAACAACAGCAAAAAAACCCCCACAGUGGUUAGCUUUCUUGCACUGGUCACACAAGAGACUGAACCUGCUAUAUAGGGCUUUUUUCACUUUUCUCUACAAUGUGCUUUAAAUAGUAUGUGUACAGUUUUCUAUCAUACAGACUUUAAGAGAUUGUUGAUAUUACAUUAUUUCCUAGAGAGCUGAGAGUGAGAGACACACAUCUUUACAAGAUUUUUAACUGUAGAUAUCCACUUUUAUAUUUAGUAGUCUGUGUGAUGGGCCACAGGGCUUCCUGAACAGCUGAAGGUUGGAUUUUGGAAGCGAAGCUGAGCCUGAUGCUUUGUAACCCUUCCAACCUUCUUGCUCCCUCCUUAUCGGUAUGUAGCAAGACAUUUGGACCUGGUGAAUUCAAAGUGAAUCUUUUUGACAAGGGUUUGGUGCAUUUUGUACAUUUUUUUUUAGAAUAAUCUGAUUUCCUCACACUUAUCACCUGUUGUGAAUGUUGAAUUGAAUUGCUGGAGUUGGCAACAUCUUUUUCAGGUUCAGUUACUAGGUGAAUUCCAGCCUCAGUGCCAUCAAGCAUAUUUUGUCUGAAUGCAGAAACUUCUCUCAUCAGGGCUUUUUUUUCCCUUUUUCUUGAGCAUUGCAAUGGAAGCCAUAAGGAAAUUCCGUGUGUGCGCGCACUCAUGUAAAGCUUUACUGAGAUAUACAAUCAUACUGUCACUUGAGUGUCUCAUCAGUUACAUUGUACAUUUUUAUACACUGAAAACACUCCCCGUGUUUUAGAUCAGGAGGGAUGGAACACGAGGCUUUCAGACAUCAACGUUGCAAGUCAAUUUUAGAGAAAGAUCUCAUUUUUUUUGAUCGGGGAAAUGCAAAUAAAUUGUCAUUAUUUUUUUUGCUUUCAAUUUAAAUGCAGUUGUCUAGAUAAAUGAGCGGAAUGGAACUGAAUAUAUAAUAAAUUUCUCAAGUCUCUUUUC